AUGAAACAAGGAAAACGAUCAAGCAGUGUAGAUUCUUCAAAUGAUAAAGAGAUAUUUUUUCAAUGUCGUGGAAAAAAACUCGGUGUUACUGAAAUCACUGACAAUGAAUCAUUUUCACGUUUCUCAGCUGAUCAAAUUAUAAAAAAACAUUUGGCUAAAGGUCAUACAAAUAUUAUUAUUAGUUGUUUACAAGAUAGAAUGAAAUUUAGUAAAAUUUCAUCAAUAAUUCCUCAUUCAACACGAAAAUAUGCAGAAUAUAAAGAUAUUAAAAAUUUCUUUGUAUUUACAAGUAAACCAGGUGUAUUCGUAUUAUGUAAACAUGAUUCUGUGACAAAUAAAAAAACUUAUGAAAGUUUCUGUUGUGAUGAUCCAUCUGAUUUAGAAAAAUUAACACGUUUAGUCAGUUCAGCUAAAAAUAAUUCAGAUCAUAGAUUAUAUAAAAGUCAAAAUACAUCAAGAUCAACUAUUGAUAUGAAUAAUGAAAUUUCAGCUGCUGAAUUAUUUGAAAGUAGUACAAAUUUAAAUAAUGAAUCAUUAAGUUAUCAAAGUGGAUUUUUACGUGAUACUGGAUCACCUGUAACUGAAGCAGUAGAUCGUAAUGAAGUAUUUCCUAGUACUUCACCAUUCUCCCCCUCACAUACUUAUAAUAAUUUAACUUCAGUUUCAGUUAGUGAUAUGCCAAAUGAACAUGAAGCAAAUGGUUAUAUUGAAAAUAAAUCAAAUAGUAAUAUAAAUCGAAAAAAAGAUUCAUAUCAUUCACCAAAAGGAAUGAUUUCACCUCCAAUUAAUGAUAAUUUUCAUCCUUUAAUUGGUUAUCAAUCAAAGAAUAAAAUGAAACAUAAUCAAUCGAAUCAUCAUAAUAACAAUGAUACGACACCAGUAAAUUCACGACGUCAAAGUUUAAAAAAUCUAUAUAGAUUAGAUAAUGAAAAUAUUUAUACUCAGAAAGAUGAAUUAAUUGCAAUGUUUGAUAAUGAUUUGACAUUUCUUACUUCUUCAUGUGGUGAUGUCGUUGAAUCUGAACAUGGUUCAAAGUAUUUAUUUUGUCAAUCAGGUUUAGAAAAACUUCAAAGUUAUGAAGGACCUUUAUAUGAAUCAUCAACUGACUAA